AAAUACGAGAGAAGAAGAAAGAAGAAAAGGAAAAGAAGAGAUCUGUCAGUGCUAGUGAGGAGGGAUCAAUCAAGUCAAAACUAGCAAAGAACAUACAUUCUAUUGUCUUUCAAACAAAUGCCCCGGAAAAGAAUGAAUUCUUUUUACCAGGAAGAAUGGCAUAUGUGUUUGAAUUAGAUGAUGAAUAUGAGGAGAGUGAUAUUCCUACCACUUUAAUAAGAAGUAAAGCUGAUUGUCCAAUGUUAGAGUCUCAGGCUACAUUAACAACAAAUGACAUUGUUAUCAAUAAACUGACACAAAUCCUGUCUUACUUGAGACAAGGGUCAAAGAAAUUGAAGAAGAAGGAGAAAGGUGCAGAUAUAAUUGAUUAUUCAGCUCCUAAGAAACCAGCUGUGCAAAAGGAAGAGAGUAUAUUUCCUGAUAUGGGUGAAUAUGAUUUCGAUGCGUCUGCAGUUCCGUCUGAUUUAUCAAAGAGAGAUCAACAGUUAUUCACUAAAAGUGAACCCACACAAGAUUAUGAAGACAUCAAGAAAGCUACUAAAGAAUUUGUCAAGGCUGUAUGGAAAAAGUAUGCUGAUUCUUCAUCCAUUCCAGGUGAGAGGACUCAUUCUGAUGGUCCAUUACCUUCUGGUUGGUCUGCUGGAGAAGUAGAUAGAACACAUGCUAGAAGCUCUAGUACCAAAACAACAGAACCAGUUCUUAUGAAGAAAGCAAAAACUGAUGAUGUUGGAUUUGGUGGUUUAGAUCAUGAUCAUUAUGCUGAAUGCUGUCCUGGUGGUAUGGAAGAAGUCGAUGCAACUGUCAAUAGUGAUGAUGAAAUUGACUUCUCUAAAAUGGACAUGGGUAAUCGUAAAGGCCCUGUUAAAAGAUGGGAUUUUGAGAAUGAGGAAGAUUAUGGGAACUAUCAGUCAUCAAGGGAAGCACUACCAAAAGCUGCUUUCCAGUUUGGAGUUAAAAUGAAUGACGGUUGUAAGACUCGUAGACAAGGUGUCAAGAAUGAGAAAGCAAAACUAGACAGAGAAUGGCAGCAGAUCAGUCAGAUUCUUCAAAAAAGAAAGUCAAGUAAAACAGAAUCUGAUUCCAAGCGUCCCAAGACUUCAGAUUAA